AGAGGAAGAAACGGCCGUAGAUCUAAACUGAACUAACUGCCUCCCGGGAAGUGCUCGGUAGGAGGGCGGGCUCCGUUCUUAACUGCAUUCACCAUCAAGGUCAUUCUGAAUUCUAGCUUUCUUGGCACAUCUCCAUAAAUCUACCUGUAUAUACAGGGAAAGGUUGUUUUAAAGGGCCAUUUGGGGGAAGAAAUGGCAAUUGCUGCCAGAUGUCCAGAAGCUUCCAUGACAGGACAAUGAUUCCACCAGAAGAAUGUCUGUAUGCAGGGAGGAAAAGACGGAAACCCAUUCAAAACCAGAAGCCUGAACAUGGGAAUAGAACCUCUAAUCCUUCGAAGAGACAUAGAGACCGCUUGAAUGCUGAAUUAGAUCACCUGGCUAGUCUUCUGCCUUUCCCUCCAGAUGUGAUAUCUAAACUGGACAAACUAUCUAUCUUGCGUCUCAGCAUUGGUUACCUUAAAGUCAGAAGCUUCUUUCAGGCUGUUCAAGAAAAGCAUUUGAGUUACCAAACAAGUCAUGAUAUAAAAGAAGUUGGCUUACUUAAGGAACCUGCCAUACCAGAAGGUGGAUUUUUACUAGAGUCACUGAAUGGUUUUGCAUUAGUAGUGAGUGCUGAUGGAAUGAUAUUUUAUGCAUCACCAACAAUAGUAGACUAUCUAGGAUUUCACCAGACUGAUGUAAUGCAUCAAAAUAUAUAUGAGUACAUUCAUGUGGAUGACAGGCAGGAUUUCUGCAGACAACUGCACUGGGCCAUGAAUCCGCCACAGUUACUAUCUGGACAUUUACAAACCAGUACAGGUGAAGAACUCAUUCUCAGUAAAAUGUGUAGCAUACAGGAGGGUGACAGCAUGCAAACAGACUUCUCCUCUUUUUUAACUCGCUGUUUUACUUGCAGAAUUCGCUGUUUGUUAAACAGUACUUCCCGCUUUCUUACAAUGCAUUUUCAAGUGGCACCACUACAGCUUCCUUCUGUGACUGAUGGAAAGUUAAAAGGCCUCUGUAGGAAAGCCAGAUGCAGAACUGAUUAUUCAGCCACAAAGCAAGUACAAAUGCAGACACAUAUUAUUGUAUAA